AUGAACCGCUUCUGGUCUUUGUUUGGCCUGAACGAGCAGCCUGGACCUACAAAAGGACAUACGAAUGGUGGUCUUCCUGUACCAAAUUCUACACUCUCAUACUGGCGUUCCGAAUUACAUCCCAUAGACUCGUACCGCUCAUCUGAACACUUGCCCUCGGAAUGUGACAUUGCAAUAAUUGGAGCCGGCAUCACUGGUGUCAGUACAGCAUAUCAUCUAUCACGUCUCCACGCUGCGAAUAAUUCUGGGAAGAAGCCUUCAAUUGUCAUACUUGAAGCUCGGGAAGUCUGCUCGGGAGCCACAGGAAGAAACGGGAGUCAUUCAAAGAUGCGGAUAUCCUCCAUUCGAACUCUUUUCAAGGACUAUAACGCGGAGGCUGCGGAUGAAUGUAUUGCGUUCGUGUACUCUCAAAGCCACCUGAUGAAAGAGGCAGUUGACAGAGAAGGACUGGACUGCGAGUUCGAGCUGCGACGGACUUACGACGUCUUCGUGGACGAGCAAGAUGCCAAAGACGCAGGAGAAACCUAUCGUAUCGCGGUCGAGGAAGGUCACAAGUGGGUGAAAGAGGUGUCUUUCGUAGACUCACGAUAUGCAGAGCAAAUUACCUCCAUCAAAGGUGCAAAAGCCGCUGUCAGUAUGCCUGCCUGCAGCUUGUGGCCAUACAAGUUCGUCACACAGCUUCUCUCCCGCAUGAUUGACCGCAAAGAAUUAUCACUAUAUACCCACACGCCAAUCACAUCCAUCGACUCCUCUAACUCUUUAGCCACAACCCUACAUACCCCCAAUGGCAGCAUCACCACCAAAAAACUCAUCUUCGCCACAAAUGCCUACACCUCUGCCAUCUGUCCAUCCUUCAAAGAAGCAAUCAUACCCUACAAAGGCACAGCCUGCCACAUCUCACCAGAAAAGCCUAUAUCUCCACACCUGAACUCCACCUACAACAUCUACUACGACCGCCAAAACGACCCCGACUCCAAAGUAGACUAUCUCAACCCCCGCCCAGACAGCGGCAUCAUAGUCGGCGGCGCAAAUUGGCUCUUCAAAUCCCAAAAACACCUCUGGUACAAUACCACAGAUGACAGCACACUUAUCCCAAACACCCGCCCUUACUUUUCCACUUACAUGCAAGACAACUUCCACGGCUGGGAAGACAGCAAUGCCAAAAUAACACAUCUGUGGACAGGCAUUCAAGGCGAAACCAAAGAUGGCAAACCAUUCGUGGGAAAAGUGCCCGGGAAGGAGAAUUGGUAUAUCGCGGCUGGGUUUAAUGGUGGAGGUAUGUCGUUUUGUUUUUCUUGUGCUGAGGGGUUGGCGGGUAUUGUGGAGGGGAAAAGGUACGAGGAGAGUGGGUUGCCGAGGAUGUUUAGUACGGGGAGGUUGGGAUGA